UAAGUGAUGCGUAUCGUCUGAACAUGAGACGAAGCAGCAAGACCAUGGCUUCAAUGCUUUAUUUUCUGGAAAUUGUUGCCCUCAUUGCCCCGAGUUCCUGCCGCUUUCCUCAUCUUCCGGGCCAACUGGACAAUACAACAAACAUACUGAAGAACAUACUAAAUAACUAUGAUAUUAGGUUGCGACCCGAUUUCGGCGGACCACCUCUUUAUAUUGGAAUGGAUCUUGCCAUUGCCAGUUUUGACAGCAUAUCUGAGGUGAAUAUGGAUUAUACCAUCACCUUGUAUCUCAACCAGUACUGGCAGGAUAGUCGCCUAUCUUUCAGCAAUGAUUCCUAUGAACUAACCCUUUCAGGAGAUUUUGCUGAUAAGAUUUGGGUGCCAGACACUUUUUUCGCAAAUGACAAGAAUUCUUUUCUUCAUGAAGUUACAGAGAAAAACAAGAUGAUAAGGCUACAGUCUGACGGCCAUAUUAGUUAUGGCAUGAGGUGUGUAUGGUAGAACAAUAUGAUAAGGCUACAGUCUGACGGCCAUAUUAGUUAUGGCAUGAGGUGUGUAUGGUAGAACAAUAUGAUAAGGCUACAGUCUGACGGCCAUAUUAGUUAUGGCA